ACACACUCGAGUCAAUAGCUAACGCUAGCUAGCUGCACAUGUAAGUUGAAUUUUGUCCAUGGCAUCAUCUAAAUGUCAAAUAUACCAUUAAAAUGCGUUAAUAAACUACGAUAAUAAUAUUUAUUCUAAGGAGAAACUGACUUGCACUUAGAAAACGUAACAUAUUGCAGUUUCCACUUAAAGAAAUCCCCCAGCGUUCCGUUUUAUCUAACAACGUAGAUGAAGCAAGCGUUUGCUAACGUUAGCUACGCUUCAGUGGAACUUCAAUUGCGAAGUACGUAGCUAACUAACGUUAGUCAUUUGGAUAUUUGUGCAGUCGCUAGACUGUAACAAAGUUAUCUAGCUAGCGAACAAGGCCAAGUUACAGAUGCUGUAUUAUUUGCAGUGCUCAGAGGAACCCCUACAGCAGGAGGAAAACAUGCCCUCCAGCUGUGUGGCCAUCAACUGUUCUGUGGAGAGGAGCCCUGAGACUUUGAAACAGGGCAUCACAUUCCACAGGUUUCCCAAGGACCCUGUGCGCAGGCUGCAAUGGUGCUCAGCGCUGCGCAGACAGAGCAGUGACCACCAGCUGUGGGUGCCCACCAAAAACAGUGUGCUCUGCAGCUUACACUUCACCUCUGACAUGUUUGACCGUACAGGCCAAACUGUGCGCCUCCGUGACUGUGCCAUACCCACAGUCUUUGAUUUCCGCAAGAGGAAGAGGGAAGGAAGGGAGGGAGAGGAGAACGUGGAGAAGGAUCUGGAGCGGCCAAAGAGGGGGAGGAGGGGAAAGCGGGAGGACCAGAUGGCAGGACGGAGUGCAGACUCGCCAGCCGGUCUGGGGGACCUGGCCCUGGCUGCGGAGCUAAUGGAGGUGGUGAGUGACACGGUGCAGCAGGUGCAGCUGGGGAUGUGGAGCCGCCGGGGCUUCCUGAAUGACCAUGGCUGCCUGACCAUCCCCACCGACCCGGCCCGCCUCUGUGCUAUGGUGCGCGGACUGGCCAAGGACCAGCACCGCCAGGAGCAGGCGCUCCUCAGCGUGCAGAAGGCUGUGGAGGCGAAGGAGAAGCUACUCCAGAAGAGGAAGUCCCAUUUAUAUGGAUGGAUAUAUACUGGAGCAAUUCAGAAGCAGUGGGAGUGGGAGAUGCACACCCUGACCGCGGUUCGGGACUCGAGGAUCCGGGCCCUGGAGGACCAGCUGGCGCAGCAGCGCACGGAGGCCGCCGGCCUGCAGGAGGAGCUGCGGCAGGCCAAGCAGCAGGCGCAGGCCAGCGCGGAGGCCAUGCUGUCGCUGGACACGCAGGUCCGGGAGCAGGCCCGGCCGCCGCCGAGGCCCACCACGCUCAGCGCUCAGACCCUGGCGCGCGGCUCCCCCAAGUGGCUGCGCUUCUACACUGGCUUCCACUCCUAUGCCCACUUCAAGGCCUUCCUCAGCUUCCUGCAGGGAGGGGACGGGGUGGGGCUGGGCUGGGACAUGGAGAUGGAAGUCCGGACCGAGGAGCAGGAUGUUCUGAAAGAUGAAGAGAGUCUGCCUGAUCCAUUGUCUCUGGACUCCACCCCGGUUGCUCAGGUGGACCCCACCCUCUUCCCAGCUGAUGGGGACAGCGAGGGAGAGACUGCUGAGUCAGUCCGUUGGAGGAUCAUGGGAUACUGCCGUGGGGGCGGGGGUGCGCCGACCUUGCUGAGUUCGGAGGACCAGCUGCUGCUGGUGCUGACGCGGCUGCGACUGGGCCUGCUGCUCCAGGACCUGGCCUUCCGCUUCCGCGUGGCCGAGUCCACCGUGUCGCGCAUCUGGGUGCACUGGAUGGAGGUGCUGCAGAGGAGGCUCCAGCAGAUCCCGGUGAAGUGCAGCCAGCGCUACAUCAGCUACUUCCAGCCCAAGCACGCCCUGGCGCUGGGGUCCGGGCGCGAGGUGACGGUGCUGGAGUGCGCAGACCUGCUGUUCGACGCGUCCUCCCGGGACCGGCAGCGCGCGGCGGGGCGGUUGGGCGAGGCUCCAGGGGCGCUGCAGUCCUCGCAGCCCUACCGCUUCCUGUCCCACCACCGCGGCUGCGCCCUGGCAUCGCCCGAGGGCUUCCUGGGCUUCGCCAGCUCCGUGCGCCUGGAGGAGUGGGAGGACUGGGCGGCCAAUCCCGGCAGCCCUGAACCCGCCCCCCUCAGCCUGCCCUCCCACCUGGUCGGGAACAAGAGUGGGUGCGCCCCGCCCCCGCCGGUGGGUGUGCCUUCCCGAGAGGUCCUUAGUGUGCGUAGCCUGACUGACAAGGUACUGACAUUCCGCUACCUGAGGGCGGUGCACCCGCACAGCUCCGCCCCCCAGCUGGAUCGGGCCUGGGAGGUGUGCUGCUACCUGGCCUGCCUCCUGCACCAGCCCAUGGGCCUUCGCUAGGAGCAGACUGGGCAGGCCCAGGCGAACCGCCCUUUCAGGAACCAACCCCCGGUGAGGCCACUAAACUCUGCCAACGCUCCAAACUGGUACCUGCUUUAUACAGAGCUAAUGUAUUUAUGGGGAGACAUAGCUCAGGAGAUAAGAGUGGUUGUCUGGCAGUCAGAGGGUUGCCGGUUCGAUCCCCCGCCCUGGGAGUGUCAAAGUGUCCCUGAGCAAGACACCUAACCCCUAAUUGCUCCCAACGAGCUGAUUGGCACCUUGCAUGGCAGCCUUUCGCCGUUGGUGUGUGUGAGUGUGUGUGUGAAUGGGUGAAUGGGAGGCAUUUGUAAAGCCUUUGGAUAUAUAAAUAUAUAGAUAAAAGCGCUAUGUGAAUGCAGUCCAUUUAUCAUUUACCAUUUUGUACAUAAAAAAGAAUUUUUUCUGUACAUGAAU